AUGGCGACGGUCACAGCGUCAAAGAAGAAGCUUGUGUACAAGCAGGGCCCGGACGGUGUAUUCCGUCUCAAGAAGGUGGACGAUAAGGAUGGAGACGGGGCAGCGGGAGGCAAUUCGGCAAAAAAAGGUGUUAAUGACUACCUCAAUGAGCUCAUAGGAUGUGCAUAUGAAGUGCAACUGGACCUCAAUGACAAGCCAGUUGAUCUGGCCCCACCCAGUUCCAGUAAGCCGCCUCCGCUACAAACUCGCCAUACUUCACCAGCAAACCCCAAUACUUUCACUCCGAAUGCGAAAAAGGCAAAUUCAAAAAGGACAGUUCUGCCCACUUCCUCCGAUCACUCGAUCGAACCCGAGCUUCCCCCGCCCGUGGUUCAAAUCAAAUCAAUGGUUGGACUUCAUUUUCACAUUCCCAGCUUUUUGUUGGGCGCAGUCUCAUCUGUUGUUCUUGUUCACGUUUGGCCACUUCUUGCUCACUACACUGUAAUAGCCCUAGGGUUCGCCAAGCUUGGUGUGUUAUGGGGUACAGUUUUAGGUGUCAUCUGCUGGUAUUGUGGUCUCAUCAAGAUCCAGGACGCUUCUACAUUACGCCAGCUUGCUCGCAACAUUUCCUCCUACGUGCGUCCAUUGCCCACCACAAAUCAACCCAGGCAAGAGAGUCCGGAGUAUGACUCAGAAGACAUGAUGAGCGUCGACAGUGAUGUAGCUGUUGAUGAACUGAAUGGGCAAACAACAACGCCCAUACCUCCAAAGCAAGUUCGCAGAAAUACCUUGACUCGUGUUACACCGUUCAAGUAUUCAUCACCUCGAGACAAAUACUCCUCGAACCCUGAACUUCCUACUGACAAGAAAGUUGCCCCCAAGUUAAACCGCGGUUUCACGACUGAUCCUAGACAAUAUUCGAGGAGACAUUCUUCCGGUGUCAUCCCCUCUAGAAGUAGACAGAAUUCAAGUCAAUCGCUUGAUCUUAUGCGGCCCAGAACAAACACCAGCCAGGAGCUGUCUGACUCGGCUAGCUAUAAGCAUAAAAACCUUCCACCAGUAUCAGAUGACUUGCCUUUCAUCAACGAAGUCAAACUAAUCUCCCAUGAAGAGAUGGCUGGCGGUGCUCCAGACAUUCGUCGCCUGGAUACGAUGAUGAGUAAAAAGUCAAUUUUGGGUACCACGGCCAACUACAACAAGUUUCUUGCAAAUGUGCAAGAUGACGAUUUCGAUUAG